AUGGAGUCGGCAGCAAAGAAUGGACACCUAGAAGCCUUCAAGUUGUUCUGGGCUCAAGCUAAAGAGUAUCUACGUAUCAAAGGCACCAACAAUGUCGACGAUUAUCUCAUGAUGGCACUUGACAAUGGCCGUUCGUCAUUGUUUGGUUAUCUCCUAUCACGAGAGACCAAACAGAGCAUGGACAAAAGAAUACGACGAAGGAAUCAUUUGAUUGGCCAAACGACAAGAGAGAUGUAUAAAUUCAACGCAGACACAGACAUGAGCGAUAUGGCAUCAACACUUGAGAUACUCAUCAGGUAUAUCGCACAUCACUACAAGAAGGACACCUCGAUCACGCCUGCUCAAGCAAUCAAAUGUUUAUUGAUUGAACCAUUCACAAUGAUACUGAGGUGUACCGACAUGGAGUUGGCACGUCAAUAUAUCGAGUGUGCUCCAUUCAAUGAUAUUCAACUCUUCGAUUAUUGCAACAAUAUAUUUGGUUCAAACAGCUUCUACCUCUACGACAACAUCAACAACAAUCAAAUGUGGAUCAAACUCGACCUAGAGAGGCUGAGGCACAAAGUCAACUUCCUGUUUGAACUUCUCGAGUUGUAUGGACGUCAACUAAAACGCACUGCAGACCGAUCUCCUGGAAGACAGGAGGUGCUCACCGACGUUGGCAUCAUGAUCCUCGACCUGUAUGUCGUCAUGAAGGAAUUUAAUGAACCUCAAAUCGCCUCAUACAUCACACAGGGCAUCUUCAUGAAUGUUCGCCAGACUGAUCGUCCACAUUUGGUAGAGUUCAUCCAUUACUUCAUCGGACUCGGCAAGACACCCAAAUCAAAAGUACUUGGACUGGCAACAAUAUGUACCUUUGGCACAUUGGAGAUGGUUGAGAUUGGUCAUCAGUUGUUGGAUAGACCCGAUGGUGGUCUAGACGGCCAUUCAUUGGUUCAUGAUGAUCUUAGGAUGGACUAUAUGCUUCCAGCAUCUCUGGACAUACUGAAAUACCUGCAUGAUCAUAACAUGUACGAGGGCGAUGAAGUGGAUGUGCUCAAUCACUUUGCUUCAAUGGCUGAACCAGACAUACUUCAAGCAUUCUUUGAUAACUUUACAUAUGAUUUAUUCUCACCAGACGAAGAUGAUAUUAUGUCAAAGGUCUAUUCAAUCAGAGAUGAGAUAAGAUACUGCUUGGUCGACAAAGAUAUUGACAAAAGUCUGGCAAUUCAAUCAAUAAUACAGCGCGAAAUUAACAAAGCCGGCUUAAACAUGGACUUUGACAUCAUCUCUGAACGUGCCCAAGAUUUAGAUCCGCGACAGAUCAAAAGACUACCCAUCCAUGCCCUCAAGUACAUCAGAUUCAAGCCUACACAAGACCAUAGUGUUGAAGUGGUCAGCUAUCUUCUCUCACAAGCCCAAGCGGCAGAGUUGGACUGGGAACUUACAUUCCAGAUCUUCACAUCAGCAUGUGAACUUGGUUUAAUGGAUUCUAUUCGCUUGCUUGAAACAUCAUACCCUGUAUUUGUUGAUAUUCGAACAGACUCGGAAUUGAUGUCACAGCUCCUCUCUGUGGCCUUUGCUCAUGGCCACUACUCAAUCUGUGAAUACCUCAUUGGCUGUGGAGCAAGAUUUACAAUAUGGCGGGCAGUUGGAGGUUUGGACGUGAGCAUCUUGGAUACAUUGAUUGCAUUGCAAGAACCGACUAUCAAGGAGAAACAGGAUACGCUCAAAGGAGCAUGCGACCAAUGCAACCUACCAAUGAUCAAGAUCAUCCUCUCAAAAUGGUAUCAGGAUAUUGUCAUCAACCGUGAGAAGCUCUCAAGGGAUUUGAUAUGUAAAACCUCGGAUAUGAAAUGUUUGAUUCUGGAUCGAGUUGAUGUGUUGGCAUUCAUUCUAGAUCUGAUCGAGAAUGCCCAUCCAGAACCGUCUGCAGUCGUUACAACACAUGUAACCAUGGCAAUUCUCAGGGUAUUCCUUCUCGAGAAGAUGGUUGCUCAGGAUAUCUGCUAUGCGGAGCAAUGUAUUAGAUACGUCAUGGAACGAAUGGAACAACGGACCAUCGACAAUUUCAGUCAUAAUGUUUGGACCAAUUAUCUUCGAGACAGACAAGAAAAGACAGACAAGAGAGUCAAGCGACACCAACACUAA